CUCCUGCUAUCGAUCGACAUCUCAACCAGUUUUCGAAUUCCCAUCCUGAACCCCGCGAGCUUGAGAUCUAAGCUUUCUCCCUGAGUGAUUUCACCCUGUAUUUUACUUUAUCCAGAAUUGCUUGGAGCUGGAGAAGCUUCCAUAUAGGCGUUGUCAAGAUGAUUUCUCGUCCGAUUGCAAUUGUUGCAGCGAUUCUCAUUAUUUUUACUUUUGGGUUGUACCAUAAUUCAGGACUGAUACCGAAGUCCACGAGCUCGACAAUACCUGCAAAGGCUGCUACGUCGCCGACAAAACCAAGUAGCAAGUCAGAUUCCAAUGCAGAGCUAGGAGUUCCUCAUGCAGAGACAUAUUUUGAGCAAGUCUUUUCAGAGCGCAAGCCUCCCCAAUACGAUUUCCCAGCGUUGAAGCAGCAAUGCGAACGUACGAAAUGGCCGGAAGACGAGGUGUAUCUUCAAUGCGGCGGCAUGGCAGCAGGACUUACCUCCAUCAUGUCACAAGUCAAAGUCUGCUUGAAGAUGGCUGUCGAAGCAGGAACAGGCAUUGUCCUCCCAUCAAUGCCUCUCAGAGACUCCAAGCAACUCGAUAACUUCAACUUCCUCAAUGGCGAAGCAUACUUGACAUACGAUCAGUGGUUCGACGCCGAGCAUCUCAUUUCUCAAAUGAACCGCGCUUGUCCACAAAUGAAGAUUGUCCAUCCGAAUCAACUCGACGCACUGACCGAAGACGGAGUCCAAGUCAAGAACAAAUGGUCUAUAGACCUCGCUCAAGCCCCCGGAUACGUCCAAUUCAUGUCCUACUUCUGGGCUGGCCGACCCUUCAAAUCCUUCUUUGAAGAACAACUCGGUCGUCUUGAAAAUCUGCAGCAGCUAGAUCCACACCACGAUGAUACGAAAAAAGGAAUCACCAUCAUCAACAUUUCUUCCCAAUUCCUCGUUUUCAGAAUAACGGACGACCCAACAGGCGAAGAUCUCCAUCUCUGGAACGAUCUCGGACACUUGAUCCGAUUCAACGAAGUCCCGCGCAAGAUCGUGAACCAACUUAUUAGGCAAAUCAACCGCCCAUUCUACGGCGUCCAUUUCAGAGUAGAAAAGGACACCAUCUGGUCCUCGCUCGAGAACCAGCUCGCAGUCGACUUGGACGCUCUCGACACAGCUUGGACCAAGUAUGGCGACAAGAACUCCCCCAAACCUCUCGUCUACCUCGCAUGCGGCGACCAAGAACAAGUCGAGAAAUUCGUCGCAGAAGGAAAGAAUCGCGGUUGGGACGUAACUCACAAAUGGAAUCUCGCUUCUACCUCUCCCGAGACGCUGAGCCUGAUCAAUGGGUUGGCGUUUGAUUUCCAGGGUGCGGUUGAUAUGGGACUCAUGGUGAAGAGUGAGUUCUUCUUGGGGAUUACGGGAAGUGCGUUUAGUAGCAGUAUUGGCAAUGUGAGAGAUAGGACGGGGAGGUACCGCGGGAGCAGCUUCUUGGUGUGGGAUGACGAGGGAGCGAGGACGCAUUUGUUUAAUGACGGAGAUGCGGGGAGUUAUGCUUGUUGUUUAUGAGGGACUCGUCUUGGAAUGACAGUCUGAUGUGUUGGACGAGGCUUGGGAGGAGUUUUUGGCGAACUUGGCGUUUGGGGAAGAAAGGUUGGAAUAUUUGCUGUAAUGGAUACGACUAUAUAAGACGAAUAUCAUCAUAGAUGAACACUUA